AUUACUACCCUUCUAUUAAUUUGUACACAUCUUAAUUUCAUUAGAAGGGUAGUGUUUUCUACCUGAAGAAACUUUUUUAUUCUCAGGAUUUGAACUCAAAAUGUUGAACUUCCGUUCACUUCAUGUUGUAUUGACCGUGACGUUUCCGAAUACAGAAUAGAAGAUGCUAAAUAAACCAAAGAAUCAUUCUAAUAAUAGACAAAAUAAAAUGUCAUUUCAGUUGAAGCCUCUUUUUGGGUAUACCCUACUGCAACUACAAUUUGUUUUUUCAUCAAGGAUAAAGUCUAAGAGAGGAACUUGCACGCAAUCAAUCCUAGAAAAAUGUAGUGAUGUUCGAUACGAAGAAAAAUAUUUCAUCCAUCCAUUGAGGAAGGGAAAGUAAAAUAUGUUGGAGGGUGAAGAGGAUACAAUACUUGUGAAAUUUGUUUUAUUAUUGUUAUUAGGAAAGUCAUUUCUCUUUAAAACAAGAAAUUUAUUUUACUAGAGUGAAUAUUUUCUAAUUUUUUUUGUAAAAAUUGGAUUUUACAAAUAAAUAAAUAGAAAAGGGACAACGGCAUAUUCCCGCCAGUAAAAGCACAAAACCAACCACUAUCAAAAAGCUUAACUGCUUCACGAAACCCCCAAUUCUCUUCAUAUCCAAACUCCAAGUAUUGUUUGAAGUAAAGUAAUCAAAUACUCAAUAUUUUUGUUGCAGGUCAAAAAAAAGAUCAGUCAUUUUAUCUGUUAAGCAGACAUUAUUAUAAACUUCAUUUUUCAAUCAGUCGUACGAAAAUGUCAGGUGGUGAAGGAUCUUUAUUUGAUCAUGGAAACUACGAAGAUCAAUUACAUUCUACGAUGAUCAGGUCACAAAAUGAUAUAAAGGAGGAGUUGGAGUUUGUAAAUGAUUUUCGACAAAUCCUGAUCCUGGAGAAUCUGCUUCCUCCUAUGCAUGAUGAUAAUCUCAAAUUAUUAAGAUUUCUUAAAGCUAGAAAGUCUGAUAUACAGAUGGCUAAGCUCAUGUGGACAAAUAUGCUUCAAUGGAGGGCAGAAUUUGGAACUGACACUAUUAUCAAGGAUUUCAACUUCCAUGAAAGAGAUGAAGUUAUACAAAACUACCCUCAGGGUUAUCAUGGCACAGAUAGGGAAGGAAGACCAGUUUAUAUUGAAAGAUUGGGACUAAUGAACGUUGACAAACUUUUGGAAGUAACUACUCUGGAUCGUUAUGUUAAAUAUCAUGUCCAAGAAUUUGAGAAGUCUAUUGCCUUCCGGUUUCCUGCUUGCUCUGUAGCUGCAAAAAGACAUAUUGAUAGAGGUGUUACCAUCUUGGAUGUUGAAGGAGUGAGUUUGAGGAACUUCACGAAACCUGUACGAGAAGUCAUUUUGCAGCUGCAGAAGAUUGAUAAUGACUAUUAUCCUGAAACACUUGGUGAAAUGUUUGUUAUAAACGCUGGACCAGGAUUUAGGCUACUCUGGCAUAUACUCAAGCCUUUUCUUGACCCUGAAACGACGUCUAAGAUUCAUGUUCUUGGCAACAAUUAUCAAGGCAAACUGCUUGAAAUCAUUGAUGAAUGUGAGCUGCCAGAUUUUCUAGGUGGUAGGUGUACAUGUGAAAAUGAUGGUGGUUGUUUAAGGUCAGAUAAAGGGUCAUGGAGAACCCUCAAGGAGAUAUCAAUGGAAGCAGAGUGUUUAGAGAAGACAAUGGCAACAUCGAACGUUACAAGGCAACUAAAACCAGCUACAGAUUGUAAUUAGAUGCUAGUACUCUGAAACCACUGAAAGUGCAGUGUGACAUCUCAAUGUGCACAUCCAUACGUCCAGGUCUCAACAAUGCUG